CAAGCAGUAGCACACACCGCCGCUCGCUCCACAGCAGAGGACAGGAGGAGGAGCAAGCGAGCAGAGGCAGCAGCUGCUAUGGAGGCGCGGAGGACGGGCAGAGAUCUCCUCGCGAGCUUCGUGCUCGCGGCGUUGGCCGCGCAGGCAUUCGUGGCCGUGGUGGAGUCCAGGGCCAGCCCCGCGGAGAAGGCUAGCCAAGGCGACGACGUGAAGAAGCCGGACUGCGUGCCGGGGAUGGACCCGCGCUCGUUCCCGGGAAUCGGCAGCGGCAGCCACGGCGGCGGCAUCACUCCCGUGACGCCGUCGCACUCGCACGGAGGCUCCACCGGGACGCCGUCCCACGGCGGCGGCGGCGGCGGUGGGGACUUGCCGUCGCCGUCGCACGGAGGGACAACACUGCCUUCCCCGUCCCACGGCGGCAGCGGUGGGGACUUGCCAUCGCCGUCUCACGGAGGGACAACGCUGCCUUCCCCGUCCCACGGCGGCUCCGGGUCCACGCCGACGUCGCCCUCCACCGGCGGCUCCCCGUCUCACGGCGGCUCCGGGUCCUCGCCGACAGCCCCGUCCACCGGUGGCGGCUACGGUGGCUCCCCGUCCCACGGCGGCGGCGCGUACGGUGGGUCUCCGUCCACUCCCGGCAGCGGUGGCGCCUACGGAGGCGGGUCUCCCUCGCCGGCCCAUGGUGGCGGCGCCUACGGGAGCUCCCCGACGCCGGCGUACGGCGACGCCCCCUCGCACGGCGGCAUAGGGACCUCGUCGCCGACGCCGUUCGACCCCCACAGCUUCGGCUCUCUCCCGGGCUCCUGCGACUACUGGAGGUCGCACCCGAUGGAGAUCUGGUCGGCGAUCGGCGGGCGGUUCCCGGGCACGUCGUCGUCGAUGGGGACGAUGGGCCACUUCUUCGGCGCGGCUGGCAGGGUAGGCGGGACGGACGUGAGCAUCCAGGACGCGCUGGCGAACACGCGGUCGGACGGCGCGGGCGCGCUGCUGCGCGAGGGCGCCGCCGCGCUGCUCAACUCCAUGACCCGUUCGGGCUUCCCCUACACGACGGAGCAGGUGCGCGACACGUUCGCCGCGGCGGCGGCGGCGGCGGCGGGCGGGUCCGACGGCGCGGCCGCGGCGCAGGCGGCCGCCUUCAGGAUGGCCAACGAGGGGAAGGCGUAGAGAUCGAGCAUGUGUACGUACGUGCAUGGUAAACUGGAGUGUGUGCUCCGGAGCACGGUACAUUCUUGGCUGCUGCUGUUGCUUUCAUGCAUGGCUACGACGUAAUACGUGCCUUGGUUGUGUGCGUUUGUGUGUGUGUGUGUGUUUGAGUGUUUCAUCGGUGAAGAAGACACCGAGCUAGACCUAGCUUAUUCUGGUGUGUAGUCGCUCGCUCUUGCUAUUUUUUGUCGUUUGGAUCGAUCGGUUUUUCCGCGAUGAAUGGAUGAAGCAAACUGGUAGCUCGUAUCCUAA